CACAGCCGGUAAACAGCUGAUUUUGUUGUUUUCAUUUAUCCUCGUUAUUUAACCCGCCUAUAAAAUGAGUUUCUUGUGGAAAGGACGACGGUUUUUGAUUGCCGGCAUUCUGCCAGUCCUAGAACGCGGCGCAGAUGACAUAGUGGAUAAGGAAAACAAGACCUACAAGGCAUUCCUAGCCAGUAAACCACCAGAGGAAACAGGAAUGGAGCGCCUUAAACAUAUGUUUACAAUCGACGAGUUCGGUAGUAUAUCCUCUGAACUGAAUUCAAUUUAUCAGGCCGGCUUCCUGGGAUUCCUCAUUGGAGCGAUUUACGGUGGAGUUACACAAUCGCGCGUGGGCUACAUGAAUUUCAUGGAGAACAACCAGGCCACAGCUUUCAAAUCGCACUUUGAUGCCAAGAAAAAGCUUCAGGACCAAUUUACUGUUAACUUUGCCAAAGGCGGCUUUAAAUGGGGUUGGCGAGUGGGACUUUUCACCACUUCCUACUUUGGCAUCAUUACGUGCAUGUCGGUGUACCGUGGAAAAUCAUCUAUCUACGAGUACUUGGCCGCUGGAUCCGUCACCGGCUCCCUUUACAAAGUAAAUCUGGGACUACGGGGUAUGGCAGCAGGCGGGAUCAUUGGUGGCUUCUUGGGCGGAGUCGCUGGAGUCACCUCCCUGCUGCUGAUGAAGGCAUCCGGCACUUCGAUGGAGGAAGUGCGCUACUGGCAGUACAAGUGGCGACUGGAUCGCGACGAAAACAUUCAGCUGGCGUUCAAAAAACUGACGGAGGAUGAAACCCCUGAGUUGUUUAAGGCCCAUGAUGAAAAGAAAUCCUCUGAGGUAUCCCUCGACUCGGUCAAGUGAGUUUCGAGUAUAUUAAGUAGACGCCAGUGUAAACUUAGUUGAGUUUUUUAAUUUAAAUAAAUUGCAAAUAUGUCCAUCUAAAGUUA